AGGAGUGCCAGAAUAUUCUUAUCUUUACGUCUCAGCAACCCCAAGGCUCCACCAACGUAGGACAGGGCCAUUCUUGACCCUUAAGCUUAUUAGAUCAAAGAAACGACGUCCUUUUCUUGUUGAUCCUUUUAGCGUAUAUUGGAUGUUGAAUUUCAGGUGCUUUGAGUUGGAUGAAAAUUGACGAAAACAUAAUUAUAACGUUCUGACACCCACCACUUCGCUUCUGAUCAUCGACCCGUUUCGUACUCGUCAUGGAUCAGAUCUGCUAAACCUCUUAAUCGAUUCAGAACUUAUUUUACAGAUACCAAGAAGAAAGAACGAAAAGAACAUAUGGUGUAAUGGCCUCUGAGAGGGAAGUUUUUAGUCUUUCAGGGCCUUUCCACCUUACUUCUGUUGAUUGGACAAAUGAUAAUCAUCAAAGGUCUGUAGCAGCUUGUUUGGUUCAGGGUGUGUACAUUCUAGAGCGGGAUCGUCAGCUGCAGCGUUACGAAUCUCAAGCUCGUGCACCUCCUUGGUGGGAGUUCUUCAACUUUCAAUUGAUCCGUCAGCUUAAAGAUGAUGCUGAUUUUUCAAUCUUUGGUGCCAUUUAUGAAUUCAAACGUCCAAAUUCUCAUUGUGACUUGUCAACAACUGGAACUCCUCGCUAUGUCAUUGCCUUCCGAGGGACCUUGACCAAACCAGACUCUUUUACACGGGAUCUUGAGCUAGACAUCCAUGUAAUCCGAAAUGGUCUCCAUAGGACAUCUCGUUUUGAGAUUGCUAUGCAAGCUGUCAGAAACAUGGUUGCUUCUGUGGGUAAUUCAAAUGUCUGGUUGGCUGGCCAUUCCCUUGGGGCAGCCAUGAUAAUGCUUGCUGGGAAGACUAUGGCCAAGACAGGUGUUUUACUUAAAUCUUUUCUCUUUAAUCCACCAUUCCUUUCAGCCCCUAUCGAGAGAAUUAAAGAUCAGAGAGUCAAGCAUGGUAUCCGAAUAGUAGGCAGUGUUAUCACAGCUGGAGUUGCUCUUGCUGUAAGUGCAAAGAAAAAUCAACAUAAUACUCGGUCUGCGACUGAGGAUCCAUUUGUUGCGCUGUCCGCUUGGGUCCCUAAUCUAUUUGUGAACCCAGCUGACCACAUCUGCUCAGAAUAUGUUGGAUAUUUUGAGCAUAGGAAGAAGAUGGAAGAGAUUGGAGCAGGAAAUAUUGAAAGGUUGGCAACUCAACAUUCCCUUGGGGGGCUAUUUAUGAAUGCAAUGGGACAGGAGUCAGAACCUCUACACCUCGUUGCAUCAGCAAAUCUGACCAUCAAUGCAACUCCUUCACGAGAUUUUAAGAAGGCUCAUGGAAUUCACCAGUGGUGGAAACCUGAUCUGCACUUACAGUCCAAGCUUUACACUUACAAGUAGUUUUCGGUGAGUUUUUGCAAUUUCAUUUCCCGGUUAUCAUGUAUAUGCCAUUUGUAGUAGAAUACUUAAUCGUUCUCAAAUGGAUCAUAAACCUAGAUAACUGGCCUUUAUCUAGCCAAUUAUUCAUUCACAGUUGACAGGUCUGUUGUAUUUUGAGGUUUGUCCUUUGUACACAAGUCAAUGUGAAGAAAAACUAAGAAAUUGUUUA